UACGUUACUCCCACAACGCUAACAGCGAGGCAGCAAGGAUUGAGCCAGAUCUACUCUCACUUCUUAAGGACUUAAAACAAAAUAAUCAUUUUAACAACACUUUACUGAUAGUCAUGGGAGAUCAUGGCAAUCGCUAUGGCAAAGUGCGUACCUUGAUGCAGGGAAAACUCGAAGAAAGACUUCCACUAUUUUCAUUGACAUUUCCAUCAUGGUUUCUAGAAAAAUAUCCAGGGAUUUCCAAGAAUCUGAAAAUAAAUACCAAUCGUCUGACGUCAUGGUAUGACGUGUACGCUACAUUUCGUCACAUGAUUAGUUACCCAGACGUCCCUACAAACCUGAAACAUGGUCAAAGUUUGUUUACAGAAGUUCCUUCAUCACGCACCUGUGCUGAAGCUAGUGUUGAAAAACAUUGGUGUCCAUGUUUAGAGUGGGAAAGUAUAGCUCCAGAGCAUAGUCAUGUAAACAAUUCAGCGCUCGCGGCAGUAGAGUUCAUGAACAAUGCUAAUCUUGAACAUCAACUGAGCGCUAACAACUGUCGAAAGUUAACACUGAAAGACAUAAACUACGCUUUGUUAGAACGACCAAAUGACAAACUUUUAUCAUUUAAACAAACAAAUGAUUUACUGCCCGCAUUUAGCGAUAAAUCAAGACCGCCUCAUAAAGAUUUUUGUCGCUAUCAAAUACAGUUCACGACCUCUCCAAAUAACGGCACAUACGAAGCAACAGUACGAUACCACAAGGAAUGGUUUAUUGUAAGCAAGAGUAUUAGUAGAGUGAACAAGUACGGUAAUCAACCAGAAUGCAUCGCGAGAGAUCUACCACAUUUACGAAAAUUUUGUAUGUGUAAAAAGAAGGCUGUUAAUGCGUAUGCAUCCAAAGAUAUUUUUUUGGCUCUUGUAAAAUGCAUUUAG